AUGUCGACCGAUAUAGCAGAUGCCAUGCUGCUGGAUGCAUCUUCCUCAACCUCUCCGAUGCAGUCAGCAUUACCAACAACCAACAGGACACAAGAUACUGGCCUGAGUCCUGCGCCGCAAACGCCGUCGAUGGAUUCCACAGCGCAGCCAGAGGCUUCAGGAGAUGAUGAGCUGGCCAGUACAGUGGACAAUGACGUCGUGAUGCCUGACGAGGCAGCACUGGCCGCAGCUGCAGCAGCAAUGGCAGCUGCCGCUCAAGGUCAUGGCCAAUAUAUCGACCAGCAUCAACCAACAGAAGAAGCCAUGCCCGGAGCGGAUGACCUCGAUGCGUACCUUCUUGCAGCAGCAGCAGCUUCCGUUCACGCGCAACAACAGAUCAAUGGCGAAGAUCAGCAAAAGGCCCAAUCGGAGGAGAGCUUUGACUCCAGCGCAACGCCUGUGCACAAUAGCGUACACACCAAUGGCGCUUCAGUCAACGGAUCCGACGAAGACGAUGCACGAGCUGCCGUCCAUGAGCAGUGUCGCAAAUACACAGGUGACAGUGCACCGUAUCCCCUGGCCAUCGGCAAGCGCACACCUGGCGGAUCUGCUGAACUUCUCGCAGACUGCGACAUUGCAGCAAAAGAGCUCGACCAUCUACCUUUGAUCGAAUCGCACGUCGAACUUGGCAAGACUCGAUGCUACUGGGCACUUCUCUCUGCCGACCACUCCAAAGGCAAUGGGGCAACGGGCGAGAAGCUUCACUUUGUCUACCUCGAUCCUGUCUUGCAACAACACAUGGCUGAACAGGCUCGAGGAAUGAUCGGAUCUGACUUUUACGACUAUGUUCAUCCGGAAGAACGAGACCGCGUCUCGGACGACAUGCAGAAGAUUGUCGAGAGUCGAACACUUUUUGGAAGCGUCACACGGUGCCGAUACUCGCGAGUUCCACGCAUUCGUGAGCUGCUCGGUGCGGUCAACCCACCACGAGACCCCGACGCAGACCGGUAUGUGGAGGACGAAAGCUUCGUAGCCAUCGACAUUGUUAUCAACUGGAUCGGCGACGGCAUGCUUCUCUGCUUCUUCCAUGCCAUCAUCGACAAAGGUGCCGAAGACAACGAUGAGGAGCACAAGUCAGACUGGACCAACUGGUGCGGCACUCCGCCAGGCAGCUUCACGUUACGGCAGUGUGAUACCAUCUGGAAGCAGGUCAAGGCUAGUCCACGCGAAAUAGUGCCAGAGAGUGGACCAGUUCACGUGUUCCAAGUCAUCGAAGCAGGUGGUGAUGGAAGAUUAUUGCUUAGCUGGCCACCUCCUCGGCUCUUCUCGAACGACCCAGAGGCUCAGUUGAUGACGCAGUCCGAUACGACCGUCUUCCGAGACGGCUCGUACUUUGCGGAUGACUUUGCAAGGCUUGCGCAAGGUGUCUCAAUUGCUCCUGGGUCGUCUACGCUAUCGGAUGCCAACACGAGUUGUACUCGACGCUUCAGGGCCAAACAUACACUGACGACUGAGGGCAAGGUCCGAAGCAUCGAAAGCGUUCUCAUUCCUUAUGGCGGUGUGAUCUUGGCUUGCUUCCACACGACGUUCCAGCAGCAAUUGCCGCAACCUGAUCCGAAGAUGGUGUUGCAGGCACGUACGACGUUGCAAGCUCAAACCGAAAGACGCAAGGCCGUGGACGAUGCGCCGCAGGGCUCGCCGAACAAGCGAGUUAAAACAGACGGCAGUGCAGAGCAAGUCAAGCCGAAUGGCAACGCUUAUCAAGCGCCAGCAAGCCCCACAACGCCUUCGGCUCCGACACCACCGACGGCUUCCCUACCCAAAGCUGCCACUUCAGCUUCGCCUCAAAUGCCCUUGUCGACGACCAAAGCACCCGCAGUCAAUGGAUUUCAGCCGCCCUCAAGCCAUCACUCUGCCAAGGCCGCGAACGGUCACACCCCGAAACCGCCAGCAGCUAGGUACGUCAAGCCUGCCGUCAAGUCUGAAUCCAGCGGCCUCUCAGCGCUUGCCAACCCCAGUCUCUUGUAUGCCAAUGCGCCCACCAAGCCCUCCUCCAACCCCGCUAACUCCGCUCGCCCAGCAACCACCGAGCGCACCACUCCCUCAACACCGUCCGCCGCAACCAACGGUCAAUCAGCCCCUACCCUAGCCGGCGAUUCACCAGGAGCGCACAACCCCAACAAAGCCUGUACAGGCUGUGGCAAGGUUAACUCGCCCGAAUGGCGACGUGGACCCUCAGGCCACAAGACACUCUGCAAUGCGUGCGGUUUGCGCUAUGCUCGCUCGCUCACACGCCGAAAGAAAAAAAAGGGCAAAGAUGGCGCAGUCGAGUUCAUCGAGCCUACUGGUGAUCCAAGUAUUGUGCCAAAGAGUCGAGGUGGUGGAGGAGGAAGCUUGCCUGGUGUGCAUAGGAAGAAUAGCAAGAAGAGGAAGGAGGAGGAAGCUGCGAAGGCUGCUGCGGCGGGUGGAGUAGCCGCUACACAGGCGUCGUCCACUGCAAGUCCUAGCUCGACCUCUGCUACACAGAGUCCCACGCCGGCUGCAAUGUCUGCCUCUCCGGCUAAGGAAGAGGCUGCGAAUUCGACGCCUGCGAGGGACACACCUGCUGUGGUGAAAGCCGAACCAGUCGAGCCGAAGACAGAAGCUGUCAGCGGCGCUCUUCCUACUACCACACCGGCGUCGGCUGACGCAGCAGCCUCAGCAGAUCCAGCACAAUCACUUGCCGUCUCUAUCGCUCUUGGUGCUAUCUCCUCCACCAUCCCGGCUGCGGUCAGUGCUGACGCUGAAACACUCCCGCUCCCUGUCUCGAACGCCAUUUCCCGCGCCAUCGCCGCUACAAUCGGCAGCACUAGCACGGAACCGACCGAAGACGCUACCGCGGGCAGCUUGCUCACAUCCCUACCCUCGGCUGCAGCAACUGACGUCGACAGUGCAGGCGAGUUGGACUCAGCAGUCAGCGCAGCAGCACUCAAGACCAUCGAGUCGGUGGUCUCCGAGGCGCUGUUCAAGGACUUUGUCUCCGAUUCAGCUGAGGGCAAGACUGAUGCUGUAGCUGAACCAGCCGCAGUCCCCGAUGCUUCAGCAGACAGUAUGGAUCUGUCCCAUGAACUGACAGCAGACGCGAUCAGAGCUGCUGCUCAAGCUGCCAUCGCUCAGGGAGACGCGGCUGUCGAAGAUCCAGCUGAGGCGUAA